AUGUUAAUUUACAGAGAGGGUCCAAAACCUAUGGAUCACCCUUUAUGUAAUUAUUUUUUGGCGAUCGAAGAACAAGAGCAUGAAGAAGAGAAAACCCUAAAGAUGUUAAAAUUUUCGUCAACAUCGUUAAUAGACCAUUGUCUAUUCCGUUCUUCGUCGAUUAAUGUUCACUAUUAUUGUUCACGAUGUUUGCAUUUGUUAUUACCCCAAAGUUUCAAAUCAGCAAAUAAAAUUAUUCAUAAUUCAGCAUCGACACUUCAACUACAGUCAAAACGAGAAGAAUCUGAACCGUCUCGAAAAGCUAAAAAAUCAUCAUCAAAGACAUCAUCCGCUGUACCACUAGGUGCUGCUCUUUCGGCAGUUUCCACAGGAACAACGUCGAGCACUUUGCCUAUGAUCUAUGAACCAUCGUUAUUUACUCGUAUUAAACAAAAAUUUGGUUUUCAAGGUGAUUUAAGAUAUAGCCAACGUGUAUUAGAUAGAUCUGCUUCAUUAACAUAUUAUAUGCUGCAGAAAACAGUUGAUUUUGAUGGUUUACAGCGUUUAUUAAAUAUGCCUGAUGUGUACUCCACAUUUGGCCGUCUCGUUUUUCUUCACGUGUGGAUGGUUUUACUACGCUAUUUCCAGUUAGGUAAUAUAAUAAACUGUGUUAAUCAUUAUAAAAUAUAACUUGAUCAGCCUCUUGUAUUAAAAUUCAGUUGCUGUAGAAAACUCGCAGUUUGUCUAUCGAAUAGCGUUUUUGAUAUGACCCUCCCUACAAAAAAAUAUUUUAUCGGCACUGGUUGUGCACGGGUGCGCACCGGUGCCGAAUAAUUUUUUUUCUGGGCACCGAUGCGCACCGGUGCCGAAGUUUUGUUUUCAAUCAUCAUUUUGUUUUGACAAUUUCUAUCUAUAUUAACGCUACGGUCUACUUCUAAUAUUUCGAAUGUCUUUCUGCCUUCAUUUUUUCCUUCUC